UUCAUCACCUUAGCCUUCUUCUCAAAUCCACGGCACCACGCCCGCCCACGCCCACGCCCACGCCCACGCCCAUUGGCUCCGCUGCUUCUUCCUCCUCUUCCCCUCGCUACAAGCCCUAGUACACCGACGCCUUCUCCUCUCACACGCGUCGACAUCUUCUUAAUCUCACUGCCGUCAGUUUCGAGGUUGCGUGAUCCGGCCGAGGCCAGCUUAAUUUCAGGCAUUUGCCUAAAAGUUGCUUAAUAUUUGGUAAUGGCAAAUGCUGAAGUAACUAACGUUCUAGUAAGUGCUGGUGAAGAUAUGCCUUUGUUCUCGGAUAUUUCUGGUUAUAAUCCGGUUGAGGAGAUUUCACCUGAUUUGUUGAAAAAUACUCCAUCAAACAUUGCCAAAUUGGAGGAUGCAAUUGAACAGUGCAAGGGCCAUCAGAAGUAUCUUGCACUCACGAAGAGCCCUUCUGAUGGGGAUGAUGUCCGUUGGUACUUCUGCAAAGUGCCUCUUGCAGAAAAGGAGCUUGCGGCUUCAAUUCCUAGAACAGAAAUUGUUGGCAAAAGUGAUUAUUUCCGAUUCAGUAUGAGAGAUUCUCUUGCACUAGAGGCUUCUUUCUUGCAGAGAGAGGAAGAACUACUUGCACAUUGGUGGAAGGAAUAUGCAGAAUGUAGUGAGGGUCCAAGUGGACUUCAGGCGAUUGGUAGCUCAACUUCUUGCUAUCAAUAUGAUGAACUGUAUGCUUUAGAGGAAGAGAGAGUAGGUGUCCCGGUAAAAGGUGGUCUUUAUGAGGUGGAUUUGACUAGGCGACACUGUUUCCCAGUGUAUUGGAGUGGUGAGAACAGGCGUGUUUUAAGAGGCCAUUGGUUUGCCCGUAAAGGUGGACUUGAUUGGCUUCCACUACGUGAAGAUGUUGCAGAACAGCUAGAGUUGGCCUAUAAUUGUCAAGUAUGGCAUCGCCGUACAUUCCAACCUUCAGGUCAGUUUGCUGCUCGUAUUGAUUUGCAGGGCACAUCCCCGGGACUGCAUGCACUUUUUACAGGAGAAGAUGAUACUUGGGAAGCGUGGUUGGCGUUUGACAGUACAAGUUUCUCUUUUGGAGGUGGAGUUGUGGUUAAACUAAGACGAGGUUUCUCAACUUCUGGAUCAGUGAAGCCAACUCAGGAUGAGCUUCGCCAGCAGAAAGAGGAGGAAAUGGAUGACUACUGUUCUCAGGUGCCAGUUGGUCACUUAGUUUUCAUGGUUCAUGGUAUCGGACAAAGAUUAGAGAGAGCCAAUUUGGUCGAUGAUGUUGGUGAUUUUCGUCGUAUAACAGCAAGUCUAGCUGAGAUGCACUUAACUCCAUACCAGAAAAGCACCCAGAGGAUUUUAUUUAUUCCUUGCCAGUGGAGAAAGGGUUUGAAGCUCAGUGGUGAAAGUGCAGUUGAAAAUAUAACCUUGGAUGGUGUUCGAGGUCUUCGUAUGACAUUGAGUGCUACAGUACAUGAUGUUCUUUAUUACAUGAGCCCUAUAUAUUGUCAGGAUAUUAUUGAUUCGGUGUCUAAUCAGUUAAAUCGAUUAUAUUCAAAAUUUCUUAAGCGAAAUCCUGGUUAUGACGGUAAGGUUUCUUUGUAUGGUCACUCAUUAGGAAGUGUACUUUCUUAUGAUAUCCUUUGCCAUCAAGAGGAUUCUUCUGCACCAUGUUGUAUGGACACUGUACUUGUGAAAGAGUCUAAGGUUGAUGUUUCUUGUCAACCCACUGAAUCUAAUGUUUCCAUGAAAUAUGAGAAUAGCAGCACUAAAACAAGAUCAGCCGCAGAUCCAUUACCCUAUGAAACUUUAGAGGACAGUUUCAUUUCAUAUCCAUGUAGCACUAUUAAUCAUGGUACUCAAGAUCUUUCUAUCAGUGAAGAUCACAUUCAUGCUAAAGACAUGCAGGAGGUGUUUUCAGACAAUGAUGAUAUUAUGGACCCUGAAGAGGACUUUGAUGAUCUUGAUCACCUAUAUUUCAAGGGUGGGGAAAGUUCUACUGGGGUUCUGAGAACUAGUGUGGAUUCAGAUGCUGCUGCAGUCAGAGAUGCUAGGUUUCAAACUGAAGACAAAGUUGAUAUGGACAGCAAAAUCUUUCACCUGGAGGAAGAGGUGAAAUCCCUUAGAACAAAAAUUGCAGAACUAGAAAAACUCUGUCACUCAACAACUAACUGUAGGACAAACACAAGGAGUUCUGCAAGCAAUGAAAUUUAUCAUGGGAGAGGAAAAUUAGUCAAAACUAUCAAUCAGUCUUUUAGAACAUCCUCUGAAGAGGACAAUGCUAAAAGGAGUUACACACCUCACAUCAAAUAUACCAAGCUUAUCUUUAAGGUUGAUACAUUCUUUGCUGUCGGAUCACCACUUGGCGUCUUUCUAGCCUUACGAAAUGUCCGCAUAGGAGUAGGCAGGGGGCAAGAUUAUUGGCAGAAUGAGAAGAUAACUGAAGAAAUGCCUGCCUGCAGACAAAUGCUGAACAUUUUUCAUCCUUUUGAUCCUGUAGCAUACAGAGUAGAACCAUUGAUCUGCAAGGAGUGCAUUUGCCGGCGUCCUGUUAUUAUUCCUUACCAUAGGGGUGGGAAGCGGUUGCAUACUGGAUUUCAGGAAUUUGCAGAGGAAGUAGCUAUGCAUUCUCAAAUUGUGAAGAAUCAGAUAAAUUCUCUGAGGGUUAACAUAGUUAGCAUGUUUCAAUCCCAGAACAAGGAUAAGAAUAAAGAUACCUUAGAUGCCUGCAAAGAAAAUGAGAGAUCAUAUGGUUCCAUCAUGAUGGAAAAGCUAACUGAUACUGAAGAUGGCCGAGUUGAUCAUGCUCUCCAAGAUAAAACAUUUCGUCAUCCAUACCUAUCAGUCAUGAAGUCACAUACUAACUAUUGGCGUGAUAAGGACACUGCCCUUUUUAUUUUAAAUCAUUUAUAUCGUGAUAUUCUUGAAGAACCUCCUCUAAGUGGUGAAGAGACAACUAAUCCAAGUGUCCCGGGAAGUCUCAGAGAACCAAUAACAUUGUUCUACGAGCGAGAUAUCAUUGCUGAGGAGACCCCAUUGACAUUUUCUGACAGUUAUUCAAUCAAGGAAUUCUCAAGGAAAGCGAAGAAGAUUUUGACUUCCAGAUAGUAUCUUUGGCCUUUUUCAGUCAAUGAACGAGAUCGUGGAGAGGUUCUUCUAGAUCUUCAGGAGGCUAUCUUCAUCAAGGAUCGUCGUUCACUGGAGUCAGCGCACCACUUCGCAGAUUUCAGACAGGAUCAAAGACAAUUGUUAAGAUAAGAGAUGACGAGUUGUCGAUAACUAAGAGCUUUAAAUAUUUAUGUUCAUUUUUACAAAAAGAUUGAGGAGUUGAGAGAGGUGUAUCACAUAGAAUGCAUAAUGGUUGAAAUGGAAUAUUAUUUGUGAUCAUAAAGUACUUUUAAAUUUUAAAGGGAAGUUUUAUAAAAUGAUAAUUAGACUUGCAUAUUAUAUGAAAUUGAAUGUUGGACUAUGACUUUUGCACACGAGCAAAAGAUAAGAGUUGUAGAGAUGAGGAAAUUAAGGUGGAUAUGCGGACAUACGAGAGUGGGCUGGACAAGAAAUGAGGACAUUAGAAAGAAAGUCAGGUGGCACCUGUUGAGAAAAAAAUUCUAGGAGACAUUUAAAAUCUUUUGGACAAUUAAGGAUAUAUAUGAGGAUGUAACAAGAGUAAAGAUUUUAAACAGAUUAACUAAAACAUUUCUUAUAAAGAUAGUGUUGCGUUAAGGAUCAACCUUAAGUUCCUAUCUUUUUACACUAAUCAUAGAUGAACUCAUUGGGUACAUCCAAGACAUGUAACUUUGGUGUAUGUUGUUUAUCGAUGAUAUUAUUUUCGUAGAUGAGAUAUGUAAAGGAGUAAAUGUUAAACUUUAAUUUUGAUGAGAAAUACAAUUAAAAGGUUUUAGUCUUAGUAGAAUAAAGAUAGAAUAUAUAAAAUUUAAAUUUAGUAAUAUUUAAUGUAAUAAGACAAUUGUUAAGAUAGGAGAUGACGUGACUAUAAACAAGAGCUUUAAGUAUUUAGGUUCAUUUUUUUUUUUUGAGGAGUUGAGAGAUGUCUUAUAUAGAAUACAAGUAUGAUGAUUGAAAUAGAAGAGAACGUUAGGUGUUUUGUUGUGAUCAUAAAGUUCAUUUAAAAUUUAAAUGGGAGUUAUAUAAAACGUUAAACUGUUAUAUUAUAUGGAAUUGUAUGUUGGAUUAUGACUCGAGCACACGAGUAGAAGAUAAGAGUCGUAGAGAUGAGAAUGUUAAGGUGAAUAUGCGAACAUACGAGGAUGGGACAGAGAACAUUAGUAAGAAAGUCGGGUUGUAUCUAUUGAGGAAAAAAUUUUAGAAGAUACAUUUAAGAUGGUACAAACAUGUACUUAGACGAUUAAUAAAUGCUUCAAUUAGGGGAUAUGAAAUUAUGAUAAAUACAUAUAUUAAAUGAGGAAGAGGAAGAUUAAAGAAUACUUAAUUAGUAAUGCUAAAAUAAUAUAAAAUUUAUUUAAAUAUAGAUAAAGAUAUAAUAGGGAAUAGAAUUCAAUUGUAUAGAAGAAUGCAUAUAAUAAUCGACCCCACCAAUGGGAAAAAGUUUGAUAAUUGUUGUUAUUGUGUUUUAGAAUUCAAAAGAUUAAAAAUUUUAUAUUUGAUAAGUUAUUGCAUAAAAUUGUCACGGAUUUUGUUUCUAUUUAAUUUUAGAGCGAUAUGGAAUUAUAUAUUUAAUAAGUUUUGGUUUACAAGAUGGAAGUAGAGAUCACAGAUUUCCCGAACUUUUAAACUGAAAUCAAACCAAAAAACACAUGAUUGUGUGCUAUAUAUUCCUGGUUCCUAGUGCGGUAAUUUGUUUAGUGUUAUUUCACAAUUUAGUUGAAUCUCAAGGCAAAAUUUUGAGUUGUACUAGGAUGCUGGUACUGAGUUCUGUUU